GCGCGGCGGGCAGCCCCGACUCCGGGCGCGCCGCGGCUGUGGGAAGACCCCGGCGCCAGCGGUGGCGCAGAGCCGGUGGACGCGGCGGUAGCGACAGCGACGGGCUUUAAGAGCGAAUUCGCUGCUCGUCCGUGAGACGCGCUUCUUCGGCGGGGCUCCGGCGCUGGCUGGUUGUUGGGCGGCCGGCGCCAUGUCUGUGAGCGAGAUCUUCGUGGAGCUGCAGGGCUUUUUGGCUGCCGAGCAGGACAUCCGAGAGGAAAUCCGAAAAGUUGUACAGAGUUUAGAACAAACUGCUCGAGAGAUUUUGACCCUGCUUCAAGGGGUCCAUCAGGGCACGGGGUUUCAGGACAUUCCAAAGAGGUGCUUGAAAGCGCGAGAACAUUUUGGUACGGUGAAGACGCAUCUGACGUCUCUGAAGACCAAGUUCCCCGCUGAGCAGUACUACAGGUUUCAUGAGCACUGGCGGUUUGUGCUCCAGCGCCUUGUCUUCCUGGCGGCGUUCGUAGUGUAUUUGGAAACAGAGACCCUGGUGACUCGAGAGGCGGUUACGGAGAUUCUUGGCAUUGAACCAGAUCGGGAAAAAGGAUUUCAUUUGGAUGUGGAAGAUUAUCUCUCAGGAGUUUUAAUUCUUGCCAGUGAGCUGUCGCGGCUGUCUGUCAACAGUGUGACGGCCGGGGACUACUCUCGGCCCCUUCACAUCUCGACUUUCAUCAAUGAGCUGGACUCGGGCUUCCGCCUUCUCAACCUGAAGAACGACUCGCUGAGGAAGCGCUACGACGGCCUAAAGUACGACGUGAAGAAAGUGGAGGAGGUGGUCUACGACCUUUCCAUCCGCGGCUUCAACAAGGAGGCAGCGGCGGCUGGUGGUGAAAAAUAGAAGCUUCUCCCUGCGCUGGCCUUGCCGACCCGGCCUUUGCUAGGGAGGGUAGCACGGUGCCUCUUCUGUAGUCAGCACGCCAGUUGCUAAACACUGCGCUUUAUUUUCGUAACCAGCUGUGUGGUGUGCGUAUCAGAAUUGAGAUACUUUUUGGAUAUAUAAAAGCCCUUUCCACGGAUAGGAUUUUUGUUGAAGUUUCAGUGAACUUGCUGUGUACUUUUGUUGUAUUCCCAUUUUGUCAAAAGUGUAAAUGUCGGUCUCUUGGUAAAAGUCUUUUUCUUGCUUA